AAUGAAAUUUGUAGGCAAAAAUAUUCAUUUUUCUCAACAACAAUAGCGCUCGUCGACAAUAGUUUUUCUUUUCGAUUGUUUCGAAGGCUUUCGUUUGCGUUCUUUACUGUUUUGUGAUUUUCGAAGAGUGAAAUGAGUGGAGAGAGAAAGAGUUUCUUGCGUAGGAUCUUCGGAGGAAGACCCACGAGCAAUAAGAUAGGUGUAGAGAGAGAGGAGCAGAGAGAUGAAGAGAUGGGUCAUGGUCCCACAGAGAAUCCGGAAGUCAGUGGAAUUCCGAUCGAAAUACUGGUUCUUCCUCGACGUUUGGAGGAUCCAGAAUCUAGUGGAUUUCAGCCGGAUCCGGAGUUUCUUUCGGAGCGUUCGGAGCAAGCCCGACGUAUCGAAUGGGUCGAGCCGAAGCUCUAUUGGAGUCCGUGUAAGAUAUACCGACUGAGAUUAGCUCAUAUGAGCGACGAGGAGAUCGAGGCCGAAAUGUGGGCCGAGGGCAUCGAGUUCGAUCGAAAUAAACGUCAUUCGGAUCAUUUUAUGAGAGGGGCGCUUUCAAAAUUGGUGAAAGUGAUAAGAAAUGUGCGGGAAUUCUCUUGUUCCUGCUUUGAUGGCUGUAAGAAAAUUAAAGUUCAUCCACUUAUGAACGAUGAGUUACGUCUUCGCAAUCGUCUUUUCGGCCCUCUCCUCACAAACGUCGAAAGUAUAGAACUGGAGGAGUUCUAGACGAACUCAGAGACCUUGAAGUUAUCUAGCGUGGUCCUAUCUUCCAGUUGUGAUUAAAUGAGUGCAAUUUAUCGACUUGUGACGCUAUUUACCGGACUUGACUCUGUAACUCGGACUUGACGACUUUUCCUGGAUUUGACCUGAAAACUCGGAUGUGACCGAAGUCUCCAACGGGACUUCAAACUUCGGGUGUGACAGAAGGAUGAUUCUCAAAUGGACUUUCGAAUAAGCGGGGAAUCAUUUCCUUCGGACUUUUGUGAAUUCAAUGUGUUUUAUAUUGUGUUUGUGAUUUAAUCGAGGGACAGUUUGCCUCUGAUGUAUGAGCUGAAAACCCGGAUGUGACUUUAAACCUCGGAUGUGACAGAAGGAUGAUUCUCGAAUGGACUUUCGUAUAAGCGGGGAAUCAUUUCCUUCGGACUUUUGUCAAUUCAAUGUAUUUUAUAUCGUGCUUGUGAUUUAAUCGAUGGACAGAAUUUUGAACUUUUCAGAGAACAGACUGAAAUUUACAUGCAUCUUUAUGACUUAUUCUUACCUUAAUCCUGUCUUGUGCCUAUAGUUUAAUAUUUGUAUUCAAUUAAAAUUUAAUCGUGUUAAUUAUUUGUAAUUUGUAU